AAACACAGCCUUUCGCCCUUGUCUCGCUUUCUCUAUCUCUGAGAGAUCGAGAAUUCGAGAUUCAUCUGCAAAAGUAAUUUAAGGGUUUUUCUCUUCUUCACACUAUAUCUUCUAUCUAUCAUCGAUUGGAGACUGGAAGCCAUUUUACAGAUCGAACAAUGAAGCUCACUGUGAAGACUUUGAAAGGGAGCCAUUUCGAAAUCAAGGUUCAACCCACCGACACGGUGAUGGCAGUUAAGAAAAGUAUUGAAGAUGUGCAAGGAAAAGACAAUUACCCAUGUGGACAGCAAUUGCUAAUUCAUAAUGGGAAGGUUUUGAAAGAUCAAAGUACUUUGGUGGAGAAUAAGGUUUCUGAAGAUGGUUUUCUUGUAGUAAUGUUAAGCAAGAGUAAAACUUCAGGUGCAAGUGGAUCCUCUUCAGCUCAGCCUGCAUCUGCAGCUCCACCGCAAUCUAGCCUCCCUCCCGUAUCUGCAACUCAACCACAGUCUAGUCUCCCUCUUGCAUCUGCAGCUCAACCACAAUCUAUUCUCACGUCUGCAUCUGAAGCACCAAAUCAAGCAAUUGAUUCAUCAAAUACUUAUGCACAAGCUGCUUCGAAUUUAGUUGCUGGUACUAAUCUUGAUCCGAUCAUUCAACAAAUAAUGGACAUGGGUGGUGGAAGCUGGGAUAGAGAAACUGUCUCUCGUGCACUUCGAGCUGCUUACAACAAUCCUGAACGAGCUGUGGAUUACUUAUAUUCAGGUAUUCCAGAAACAACUGAAGUUGCUGUGCAAGUGCCUCAGUUUCCUACUAGUCAAGUUGGCUCAGAGGGGACUGGAAUAGGUGCAGAUGCCAAUGCUCCUGCCUCUGGAGCACCCAAUUCAUCCCCUUUGAACUUGUUUCCACAGGAAGCAACACAUGGUGGAGGGAGUGGUGCACUUGGUUCUCUUGAUUUCCUCAGAAAUAGCCAACAGUUCCAAGCAUUGCGCUCCAUGGUGCAAUCAAAUCCACAGAUUUUACAGCCUAUGCUUCAGGAGCUUGGGAAGCAAAAUCCUCAACUAUUAAGACUCAUACAAGAGCAUAACGCGGAGUUUCUUCAAUUGAUAAAUGAACCCCUUGAGGGUUCUGAGGGGGAUAUAUUUGAUCAGCCUGAGCAGGAGGACAUGCCACAUGCUAUUAGUGUUACACCAGCAGAGCAGGAAGCCAUUUCUCGUCUUGAGGCAAUGGGAUUUGAAAGAGGGCUUGUAAUUGAAGCAUUCUUUGCCUGUGACCGCAAUGAGGAAUUGGCAAUCAAUUAUUUGUUAGAGCAUGCUGGAGACUAUGAAGAUUGAAGAAGGAAAUCUUGAAGAUCAUUGCUGCCCUGAGUUUUUAAGCGGCACAGUGUGAUCCAAAUUUCAUGCAAAAUGGAUUUAUGCUUUUUAUCUGAAUGGUCAUUCCGCCAGCCUGGUUGUUAUGGAUAUUGAAGGAGGUUAUUGAUUGGUUUGAUGGUUUUUUCCUAACAGAGAUUAAUUAGUUUAGAACUUUUACUACUUUUGUGGUUACCAUUUUUAUUGCCUCCCAGUUUGUUCAUAUACAUAUAUUUAAUGGUUUUGAGUCAUUUCAUGUAUGAUUCUUGGGUUUGGUUGUUUUACCUUUUGUGUCCAUUCCUUCAUGAUGUUUCGUGUUAACUAAAAAUGUUAUUGAGCCAGACAUUCAGUGUUGUGGUUUCUCUUUUUGUU